AUGGAGGAGGAGGACCUAAGUGAAAGAGGAUUGCCACAAAUUGCUUCAAUCAUGAAUAGAGUUAGAGACUUGAAAAACAAAUACAGAAAUGAAGACAAUAUCACAGAUGAACUUAACUGUACAAAAAUCUCAGCUGAUACAACAGAUAACUCUGGAACUGUUAAUCAAAUAAUGAUGACAACAAAUAAUCCAGAAGAUUGGCUGUGUUUUUUGCUUAGGCUAGAGAAAAAGGGUAUUCCUCAGAUGGAUGUUAGCCACCUGAAUAGACUGAUUGGUCGUUACAGUCAGGCAGUGACUGCAUUACCUGCGGAAAAGCAUAGUCAAGAUGAGAGCUAUGCUCGCAUCCUUGUGAGAUUUGCUGAGUUGAAAGCUCUUCAAGAUCCAGAGGAGGCACGGGACCAAUUUCAUCUGGCCAAACUGAACUGCAAGAAAUUUGCUUUUGUGCAUGUGGCUUUUGCACAGUUUGAGCUAUCACAAGGAAAUAUGAAGAAGUGUAAGCAGCUGCUUCAGAAAGCUGUGGAGUGCUCAGCUGUUCCUCUAGAAAUGUUGGAAACUGCUCUACAAAACUUUCAUUCACAAAAAAAGCAGUUGCUUUCAGAUGAGGAGAAGGAGAACUUUGCAGUAUCAAGUACACAAGAGUCCGGACUUCAGAGCACAGCUGGAAAUCACAGAAGCAUAAAAAGGAAUGAUUCUGGUGAAAAUUCUACUGUUAACAGACUUUUGCUUGGGGACGAGAAAUCACAGGAAUUCAGUGCUCCAGUUAAUUGCCACAAUCCAUUAAGACCACUAAACAAAUCUAACCAGGCCUGUCCCUUUGGGAGAGUUCCUGUUAAACUGGUAACUGAUGUUGGUGAUGAUGUGAAGAUGACGGAUGUUCCACUUACAGCUAGUGUUAGGAGGAGGCAAAUAUCCAGCUCCAAAUGUACAUCCUUCAUUGCACGUUUUCCACCAUCAGAACCAAAAUCUAGUGGGGGUGAUUCGUACGACCUGGGAGACUUACAGUCCUUACUAGAAAAAAAUUCUUUACAGUUCCAGAUAUUGGAUGAGAACAGCUUAGAAACAGCUACCAAUUCAACCGUAACUCUCAAAAACAAAAUGGAUACAAGUCUUGCAAUGAAAAGAGAAGAAAAUAAAGUCCAGCAUCAGGAACUGAAGAUACCAGAGCGACAGGGUCUGGAAAGUCAACAGGAACAAUCUAGUGAAAGCUAUAGAAAGCAGUUGGAUCAGAUUAGACUAAACUGUGUCAGCGCCAGAAGAAAAUGGCCAAUUCAAGAAGUAACCCACAAAAGCUGCUAUAGAGAGGGAAAACAAUCGAGCCUUGAACAAUCUGAUCAUCCUGUUUCAAGAGGAUUAUCACCACCAGAUGCUGUUUCUAAGAAAAGUGAUCCAUCGCAUGUUUGUGGAACACCAAGCACCACAUGUAAUGACUAUAUGAACUG